UGCCACGGGUUCCCCCACCGCGGGCUCAGCCUCACAACCGGUUGUAUUUAUAGUGUGGUCGAUCCGUACGCGCCGGGCCGAGCGCACAACGGCCUACAGUAUUUCUCGCAGUGUGUGUGCGUGUGCAAGCGCCGGCGAGAGUAGUGCUCGUUUUUUUGUACACUCGAUGACUUGCCAACAGCGACGUUGUGCCUGAAGACGUUCGACAAACAACUAAAAAUGUCGUUGCUCGGCACGACACGGCCGGCCGUCCUGUUACUACUGCUCGUCUUAUCAGCUACUGUGUGGAGUUAUCAUUCCUCAUGCGAUAAGAGCUCGUGUUAUCCGGCCACCGGUAAUUUAUUAAUAGGUCGAGAAAACCACCUGUCCGCAUCAUCUACUUGCGGUCUCAAGCAAAGAGAAAGAUAUUGUAUAGUUAACAAUUUGGAGGAAAGAAAAAAAUGUUUUUGGUGCGAUUCCAGGCAACCGUCACAACCGAACACUAAGUUUCCGCUUAGUCAUAGAAUUGAAAAUAUCGUCCAUACGGGCGGCACCUCCAAUCAAUGGUGGCAGUCACAAAACGGCGUCGAAAACGUCACCAUUCAACUAAACCUGGAAGCGGAGUUUCAUUUUACCCAUUUGAUCAUCACGUUCAAGACAUUUCGACCGGCUAUCAUGCUGGUAGAGAGGUCGUACGAUUUCGGUAACACGUGGCAAGUGUAUCGGUAUUUUGCCUAUGACUGCGAUUCAGUGUUUCCAAGCGUGCCCAAGGAAUCGCCGCGAAACCUCACAGAAGUGGUGUGCGACCAAAGAUAUUCGACGGUGAUACCGUCCACCAACGGGGAGGUGAUCCUGAGAGUCUUGCCGCCUAACCUGCAUCAUAUGUACGACGACCCGUACUCGUCCGAGGUGCAAAACCUGCUUAAGAUGACCAACUUGAGGAUAAACUUCACCAAACUACAUACACUCGGUGACGACUUACUGGACAGUCGUGACGAAAUAUUGGAAAAAUAUUACUACGCCAUCAGCGAGAUGGUUGUGCGAGGAUCGUGUUCGUGUUACGGACACGCUUCCCGGUGUUUGCCACAAGACGGCACUAUCAGCAAACCGGACAUGGUGCACGGCCAGUGCGAGUGUACGCACAACACCAAAGGGCUCAAUUGCGAGGCUUGCGAGGACUUCUUCAACGACUUCCCGUGGAAACCCGCAAUCGGCCGACAGACGAACGCUUGCCGAAGGUGUAAUUGUAACAACCACGCCACCAGUUGUCAUCACGAUCCGGCUGUUUUCGAAAUGACCGGACGCACCAGCGGAGGUGUGUGCGACGGAUGUACAGACAACACUAUGGGCCGGAACUGCGAACAGUGCAAGCAGUAUUUUUACCAGGAUCCCACGAAACCGUUUACGGACCGCGACGUCUGUCUGCCGUGCGACUGCGAUCCCAGCGGUUCGUUAGACGACGGUAUAUGCGACUCCAAGACCGAUCCUGUCAAUGGACUGGAAUCCGGACGCUGUCAUUGCAAGACCAACGUGGAAGGCAGACGAUGUGACGUCUGCAAAAACGGAUUUUGGGCUUUUAGCGAACAAAACCCCGACGGGUGCCAAGCUUGCACUUGCAAUACCCAAGGAACUAUAGACAAUCAGGGUUGCGAUAAAGUGACGGGAGAAUGUACGUGCAAACGAAACGUCAUCGGUAGGGAUUGCAAUCAGUGUAUGCCAGGUCAUUGGGGAUUGUCCGAAGGCCAAGACGGAUGCAAGCCCUGCGACUGUGACAUCGGUGGAGCAUAUGAUAACAUGUGUGACGUGAUCACUGGACAGUGCAAGUGUCGACCGCACUUGACUGGACGUACAUGUAGUUCUCCAGAACAGAAUUUCUUUGUCGGUCCUGUGGACAUACUAGUCAGCGAAGCCGAACUGGCCAACUGCACUGACAACUGCCAAGUGCACAUCCGAGAACCGUUCAGAGACGGUAGGGAUAAUACGUGGACCGGUACGGGUUUCAUGAAAAUCUACGACGAUGCCGAGUUGAUUUUUGACGUGAAAAAUGUGCCGUUGACGACCAACUACGAGAUUGUUCUGAGAUACGAACCCCAAGUACCAUAUGAUUGGGACAACGUUAGGGUAACGGUGGAACGUCCGGAGCCUUUAGAACCGAACGGGACGUGUGCCAUUUACGAGCAAAACUACAAUGCUGGAGACAUCAGGGACGUAGUGUUGUCGCCAGCUUCUCAGGUGGUCAUAGCGUCGCCACCGGUGUGUUUAGAAGCCACAAAAGACUACAAGAUCCGGAUAAACUUCCAGAGGACCAACAACAAGACACAGAAUCCGUCGGCUUCGAUACUGGUGGAUUCGCUGGUGCUGAUACCGCACGUGGAAGCCAUACCGUUCUUCGAAGGUACUCCGGCCAACGAGCAGCGAUUAGCCGAGUACAAACACUAUAGAUGUAAAGAAGCGUACUACACGGUUCUUAGGGGACGCAUACCCGACGUUUGCCAGAAAUUCCAUUAUAGUGUCGGCUUUUACUACUUGAAUGGAGCUUUCUCGUGUCAAUGUGAUCCAACCGGAUCUCUCAGUACUAUUUGCGAUUCACUCGGAGGCCAGUGCCCGUGCAAACCUAACGUGGUCGGCAGGAAAUGCGACCGUUGUGCCCCAGGAACUUAUGGUUUCAAUCCUGAAGGUUGCAAGGCGUGUGACUGCAACAGUGUCGGAGCAUUGGAUAAUCUGUGUGACGUGGUAACUGGACAGUGCAAGUGUCGGGCGCAGACCUACGGCAGAGAGUGUGAUCAAUGCGAACCUGGAUCAUGGAAUUAUCCCAACUGCCAGCGGUGUAUGUGCCACGGCCAUACCGAUGUGUGCGACUCUCACACUGGAACGUGUUUGAACUGUCAAGGGUUCACAGAAGGAACAAACUGCGACAGGUGCAUCAAAGGGUACUAUGGAGAUCCACGAUUGGGUGUUGACAUACCAUGCAGGCCAUGUCCGUGUCCUGGUACAGCGGAAUCGGGUCACUCGUACGCUCAACAGUGUGCUCUCGAUCCGAAGACCCAGGACGUUUACUGCGAGUGCCAGGAAGGUUACAAAGGUGCUAGGUGUGAUGUCUGCGACGAAAACUAUUACGGCAACCCCGAGGUUCCCGGCGGAUCUUGUAAGCAAUGCAGCUGUAACAAUAACGUGGACAUCACCAGACCGGGCAAUUGCGACCCUCAUACCGGCAAGUGUUUGCAGUGUCUGUUCGACACGGAAGGAGAGAACUGCGACGUAUGCAAGACAGGUUUUUACGGUGACGCCAUCCACCAGACUUGCAGAGAGUGCGUAUGUGACUUCUUGGGAUCUCAAUCCUCCGUGUGCAACCAUACUACCGGCCAGUGUCCGUGUCUGAACAACGUGAUAGGACUUUCGUGCGACCAAUGCAAACCGGACCAUUGGAAAAUAGCCAGCGGAACGGGAUGCGAGCCUUGCAACUGCGACCCGGUAGGAUCGCUGUCUGAGAAGUGCAAUCAAUUCGAUGGACAGUGUCAGUGUAAGCCAGGUUUUGGCGGUACUCAGUGUAACCAGUGCCAGACCAACUACUGGGGUGACCCCAACAAGGAGUGUUACCCUUGCGAAUGUAACCCGGAAGGGUCGGCCACCCAACAGUGUAACCAAACCACCGGCUUCUGUAACUGUGUGCUGGGCAUAGGCGGCGAGAAAUGCGACAUUUGCGCUAGAGGGUACUUGGGGACGGCACCAAACUGCAGCCCGUGCGGGGAGUGUUUCGAAAACUGGGACCAGACACAAAAGACCCUGAUCGAACAAACCGACAACGUCAUCAAGUCGGCUUCGGAAAUAAAGGCCACCGGAGCAUCGGGCGCCUACACCGUAGAGUUUGAGAACAUGGAAAAGAAGAUAACGGACGUGAAAAAUAUUCUACACUCUACCACUAAGAGCUCGAUUGACCUGCAAACGUUGAACGAAGUUAUCGAUCAGCUCAGAGUCAACCAGACCACAAUGGACCAGCUGAAUGCCGUUACCAAGACAUUGGAUAACACUACGCAAAAAGUGCUCUUGGCAAAUCUGACGUUGGAAAAUCUCAAGGCUAAAACGAUGGCACUGAAAGAAACUGCGCUUAACCUAAAACAAAACUCAACGAAACUACAAGAGCGCAACGUUGAAGGUGCGUUAAACUUAACCAAGGACGCUUUUGAUAGGGCUCGAAUGUUGAAAAACAAAGAAAACCUUCAAGACGGUCUUCUGGCUGAUGCUGAACGUCAGUGCAAGAGAACCGAGGCGUUCUUCGGCCGUAACGUGAACACCUUCAAUCAGGGAAUCAAGGACAAUGAACGCACGUUGGAGAGACUGAGUCAAGAGAUGAACGAUCUCAACAAAUCAAUUCCGACAUUGAAUCAUCAAAUAUGCGCCAGAGAAACCGAGGGAUGCGAUACAGUGUGUGGAGGCGCAGGUUGCGGUUUUUGUGGCGGUAUAGAUUGCGAGGAAGGUGCCAUGACCAAAGCCGAUAGUGCCUACAGUUACGCCAAAAAAGCUGAGAAACAUAUUAAAGAAAAAGAGGCUAAAGCUGAAGAACUUUACAGGGGUCUUUCACAAGCCAACCAGGAAAUUAAUUCUGUGCUUGCCAACUCUAAGAGCGUUGGCGACUUGGCCAACACCACAAAAAUUCAGUCUCAAAACAUACUCAACGAGAGUUAUUCACUGAUCGAUAGGCACGACAAGUUCUUGCAUCCCACGGACGGAGUCCAGGCUACGGACGUGGCUACCAAAGUGGACGAGAUCUUGCGCAUUAAUAUUCAACUAAAACCAGAACAACUGAGUCAAUUGUCCGAUGACAUUAACAAAACCCUGUCCACGCCCAAGAACAUCGACAAAAUCAUUGCAGACACGAAGGGCGAUUUGCAUUUAGCCAAAGCGUUAAACGAGGAUGCCGAGAGUAAACAGAUGGACGCCAAAAACAUUCUGCAAGUAGCCGAACGGGUGGAAAAAGCUCUUGCCGAAACGCAAGAAAUUCAAAAAAACGUGGAAGACGGGAUAGUAGUCACCAACAAAAACAUAAUGGACGCUACUGAAAGCCUGAACAAUAUAAAAUCCGACUCGGCGAACGCUCAAGUAAACGUGCAAAAAGCCAUGGACGAUAUUGUGUCGAUCGAAGGUAAACUCAAAACCCUACAGACUGGCUUCUUGAAGAACAGUCUCGACGCUACCAAUGUCAGAUCGGAAGCGAAGAAUCUCACCAUUGAAGUGGACGAGACUGAAAAAAAAGCGGACCAGCUGUUGGCUGACUACAAAAACGCAAACAACACACUUGAGAAUCGCGUUAAGAAUUCAAAAACCACCAGGAACAAUUCUCAGUACUUGCUAGAACGAGCCAGUCAGCUGUCGGCCAACACUACUUUGAAAUUGAAGGAACUCGGAGAUGCUGAGAAAAUGUUCGAGGAACAAGAAAAAUUGAUUUUAAUACUCAUCAAUAAUACUACCGACCUAAACGCAAGAAUGUCUGAAAACCUGAAUGAAAUAAAUAGCAGGUCCGAUUACUACAGGACAUGUAACAAUUAAUGAUUAAUUGUAGAAUAAUAUUAUAUUUAGCGAUUUUAUAUUUAAGAAACUAAAGACAACCCCUAAAAUAAGAGUUUGUUUCUUUUAAUUAACGAGUCAAUUGUUGAAUAUCAUAUAUUUAUUUAAACAACGUUUCUUAUUCUUAUAAUUAUGUUUUAUUUUUUUAAUUUAUUUAUUGUAAUAAUACUUUUGAUCAAAACUAUUACUACUACUAUUAUUACUAUUGCUACUACUACUACCUACUACUAUUCAGCUCUGUCCGUUGUAUUAUAUUUUAUGAUAUAGUUGUAUAAUAUGUGCUUUUAAGUAAAUGUGUUCAUUAUACUUAGAUAGGGUAUUAUUUUUAGAUAUAAUCUGAUAGCUCCGUUUAUAUUUUAAUAAACUAG